GACAGACCAACAUACAAGUCGAUGAAUAAAUGUAAUAAGUCAGUGGACCGAUAGACCACCAUUGGUCUCUGUGUUUCUGAACCAACCCCCCUCCCCCACCUAAAAAAAAGAGAGAAAAAAGUAUAAACCUGAGUGAACGAGGAUGCCCACGUGUCUGCACCUCACCGUAUGGUUCCUCUUGUGUCUUUCCGGUACGAUUCAUCUGGUUCUAUUUCAAAACCGAACCGCAGCUACUACUCAUCGCGACGAAGCGCGAGCUUUGAACUCCAUCUUCGGGGUUUGGAAGAUCGAUGAGUACAGUUACGACGGGUCGUACUCUUGGAACUUCAGUGACGAACUUUGCUCCGGCGCAGCCAUCGACGAGGACAUAACCAUCGACGACAAAGCCUACAACCCUCUUAUCAAAUGCCACUGCACUUUCGAAAACUCCACAAUAUGCCGCAUCACCGCCCUCAAGGUUUAUGCGAUGGAUGUUCAAGGACCUAUACCUCCACAGCUCUGGACUUUGAUAUACCUCACAAAUCUGAACCUGGCUCAAAAUUUUCUUACGGGCUCCCUUUCUCAUGCAAUUGGAAAUUUGAUUCGAAUGGAAUGGCUGACUUUUGGGAUCAAUGCGUUGACUGGCCCUGUUCCUAAGGAAAUUGGUCUACUCACAGAAUUGAAAUAUCUUGGUAUUAGUUCAAACAACUUUUCUGGAUCUAUACCAGCUGAGCUUGGGAGUUGCACAAAACUACAGCAAAUAUACAUUGAUAGUUCUGGACUCACCGGUGGAAUACCUUCAUCAUUUGCUAAUCUUGUGGAGCUGCAAACCGCUUGGAUGAUGGAUUUGGGACUUACAGGUCGUAUACCAGACUUUAUAGGAAAAUGGACCAAACUUACCGGCUUGAGAAUUUUCGGAACUGGUUUAAGUGGUCCGAUACCUUCGUCAUUUUCCAACUUAACUUCUUUGACAGAACUGAGGCUUGGUGAUAUAUCAAACGGUAGCUCUUCUCUUGAGUUCAUCAAAAACAUGAAAUCUCUAA